CCUAUUCUACGCCAUGAUUGGCUGAAAGGAUACGUUUCCGGUAUUUGCUGCCUCCUAUUGGCAGUCGGUCGUGUCAGUUGGAAGUACAACCGUUUGUGGACAUCUUUAGCAAACACAACGCCGAAGUUUUUUCCGCUGUGUUUUUUUGCUUUUCAAAUGGCUUCAAACUACCGAAAACCAGCUUCCUCUGCGAGCCAAAAGAAAAAGACAAACUCAAAAACGGAGCUGAUCGAAGAGCAGAAACAGGAGAUCAAGGAAGCUUUUGAUUUGUUUGACACAGAUGGAACUGGGACGAUAGACGUGAAAGAACUCAAGGUUGCCAUGAGAGCCCUGGGGUUUGAACCAAAAAAAGAGGAAAUCAAGAAGAUGGUUGCAGAGUUUGUGAAAGAUAACUCUGGAAUUAUUGAUUUUGAUGACUUUCUCAGUAUGAUGACUCAGAAAAUGAAUGAGAAGGAUGGCACAGAGGAAAUAAUGAAGGCCUUCCGGCUGUUCGAUGAUGACUGCACGGGAAAAAUCUCUUUCAAAAAUCUCAAGAGAGUUGCCAAGGAGCUGGGAGAAACCCUCACGGAUGAAGAGCUGAAGGAGAUGAUUGACGAAGCCGACCAGGAUGGUGACGGAGAAGUCAGUGAGACAGAGUUUCUACGGAUAAUGAAGAAGACCAAUCUCUACUAAAGAGUGUUACAAUUUAAAAAUGGGGCCUUUAUAUCUGGAUCUUAUCCCAUAAAUUUUUAAAGUAGCUGUUUAGGAACUAAGAUAUGUUUUCUUUGUAAAUAAGUAUUUUAAUAUACCUGAUCUUUGUACAGAUUUUUUUAUUUUUUUACAAGACAAAUAAAAUAU